UGAUAACCAGAAAGACUUCAUUCUCCGGCCAUGGCACACCUUCAUUCUCGCACCGGCGACCGGCAGGUCUAUCCUCGAUCUACCGACGAAUCGCAUUCUUCUCUAUUCCACGCCCUUAUCUCCGGCGUCAACUUCCGUUCCGGCGGCCAUGGAAUCCAAUUGAACUUGGCCAGGGAUAUUCUUCAACGCCAAGCCGAGCAGUCUUCUCUUUCAGCAUGGGAAGAAUUUACCAGUUCUAAUUUAGCGAUCGAGGAUGCUGGUUUUUCCAUACAACAAUUGGAUUCGGAUUUCGAAAGAUUGAUUGCCUUACUAGAACACGAGCGUCCAAAUUCCACUCCGCCAAGUACGAUUCACGACGCCGACUCGAACAUUUUGGAAGAGUUUUUGUCCUCAAACAAUUAUCCAGAAGUACAAAUAGUAUCUAAUGGCGAAUGGAGUCUCACAAUUCGAACUGCAGCAUCAAGAACAGUGAUCGAGAGCCUUCUGUCGGUGGUUUUGAGAGAAGAAGAUGUGGUUUGUUCGAUUUGUAUGGAAUGGAUGAAAAUUGGAGAAGAAGCCAAACAGUUGCCCUGUAUCCACAGGUAUCAUGGUGGAUGUAUUAGGGCAUGGUUGGAAAUUAAAAAUACAUGUCCAAUUUGCCGCUACGAACUGCCUAAAGAUUGAUCCCAGACAUGGAAUUGAGGUUCUAUUUUUUCCCAUUGUUUUUUUGUAUAUAUCAUCAGAAUAUUUUAUUGGGGUGGAAAUUCAAAUCUUUUGAAUAUAUUCCAACCUCUAAUAUUAAAGGAAGAGCCAUUA